UUGGCUGCUAUAAAAGGAGAGAAAUUCUACGUUUUGUUUAAAUUACAAUAGCUUUGCAUUUUCAAACCUUGUUCCAACAAACCCAUUUGAAUAUUGCCUUUUGUUCAUGGAAAAGGUUUUUGAAUGAUUUACAAAGGCAAUUAUAUAGGCAAUCACAUUAUUCGGUUAAUGAAGCGAUGAGAUAGGUGGAUGAGAGGCGGUGUCUUAUAGAAAUCGAGGCGGUGCUCGGAUAUAGGCUAUUACAGCGUGAUGUGACAAGGCAGAGUCUGCGAGCGAACACCCGACUUGCGUUUAGUUUGAGUGGGUGCAACGAAGAGCACAGCUGUCGAUUCAAUUUCUUUCAUAGACAAACACCCAAUCGCUUUACAUCGCUCAGUUUUUUCUUAAAACAUUUGGCCUAUUUUACGUGGAUAUAUUUUUUUUCUGAAGGACAAUAUUGUUUAUGGUCUUCUUGACCAAAGAUUGAAUGAUGUCUCGCACCGACGAGGUUCACCGCAUAACGGAGAAUGUUUACAAGUCCAUCAUGGAGCAGUUCAACCCCUGCUUGCGGAACUUUGUUGCCAUGGGGAAGAGCUACGAGAAGGCCCUGGCCAAUGUAACGUUUGCAGCCAAGGGCUACUUUGAUGCUCUGGUGCGGAUGGGAGAGCUGGCCAGCGAGAGCCAGGGUUCAAAGGAUCUGGGGGACGUGUUAUUUCAGAUGGCCGAGGUCCAUCGGCAGAUCCAGGUGCAGUUGGAAGAACAGCUGAAAUCCUUCCACAACGAACUGCUCUCCGAGCUGGAGAAGAAAGUGGAUCUGGACUCGCGCUACCUGACAGCUGCGCUGAAGAAGUACCAGGUGGAGCACAAGACCAAGGGGGAGAGUCUGGAAAAGUGCCAGGCCGAGCUGAAGAAGCUGCGCCGGAAGAGCCAGGGCAGCAAGAACCUCAAGUACGGAGAGAAGGAGAUGCAGUUUGUGGAGACCAUCAGCAGUAAGCAGAGUGAGCUGGACACCUUCAUCGCCGAGGGCUACAAGACCGCCCUGUCCGAGGAGCGUCGCAGGUACUGCUUCCUGGUGGACCGCCAGUGUGCCGUGGCGAAGAACAACAGCGCCUACCAUGGCAAGGGAAAGGACCUGCUCACCCAGAAGAUCCCCGUGUGGCAACAGGCCUGCUCUGACCCCAACAAGCUGCCGGAGCGGGCCAUGCUCCUGGCCCAGCAGAUGGGCUCUGGGGGGGGCACCCUGGGGGGCUCCAGCCCCCUGCACACCUCCAAGUCCAACCUGGUCAUCUCGGACCCCAUCCCAGGGGCCCAGCCUCUGCCCGUCCCUCCAGAGCUGGCUGUCUUCAUGGCCGGUGGGCUGGGACACCAGGCGAGGCUGAUGGGCCCGGACGGCAUGUCCUUGGUGAACGGAACAACAGGGGUCCACGGGGAGGAGUUCUGGACCGAGGGCGGGGUGUCCCAGGUCAGGCCCUCCUCCCCCCAGCCCCAGGCCCAGCCUCAGCCCCAGCCCCAGAGACAGGUCAGCGAGGUCUACUCCAACACCCUGCCUGUCCGCAGGCCCGCCCCGGCCAAAAACAAGACGUCCGUGGGAGAGACCCGGACCCUGCCCAGGUCCAGCUCCAUGGCGGCCGGCCUGGAGAAGAACGGGCGCGCCCGCGUCCAGGCCAUCUUCUCGCACGCCGCCGGCGACAACGGCACCCUCCUCAGCUUCUCCGAGGGCGACAUCAUCACCCUGCUCGUCCCCGAGGCCCGCGACGGCUGGCACUACGGGGAGAACGAGAAGAACAAGAUGCGAGGUUGGUUCCCCUUCUCCUACACGCGCGUGCUGCCUGAGAGCGACAACGAGAAGCUCCGAGUGAAUCUCCACCACGGGAAGAGCAGCAGCACCGGGAACCUGCUGGAGAGCGACAUGACCCUGCCCAUGCCUGACUACGGCCUGACCGCCCGCCUGCUGGCACAGAGCCUGGCGCAGAGCCGCCCCCGGCCCUACAGCAUGGCAGGCUUCACCACACAGCCUCCCAUUGAGGACUAUGACAGUCGCUUCGCUACAAGUAGCGGUUGGUGGGUGGAGGAUAGCACUGAGGGGGAGAGCCUGCGGCCCGGGGUCGAGGCCGGUGCCGGGGCUCCUCUGGCCGGCCUGCACCAUUUUGGACUCUGAAUUCUCGAUCUUAUCAUGUCCUGGAAUAAUGGACCGCUCUCAAGAGACUGCCUUUGCCACUGCUUGUCCUCUCAUGCAUGUACAUGGUUGUGUCAUUUUGUUGAUCUGGAAGACAUUUUCAUGUACUGUACAACUGCCAAAAAGCUACUGUCAUUGUACUGAAGCCACUGGCUAAAUUGCCUUUUUUUUUUACUCCCCUUGUGGACUAGCCUCUAGAGGCCGCACUUGUAAGAUUGGUUUACAGUGAGGCCGUGCAGGUGUUUUGUUUUUUGAGAGAUUCUGUCCUCGCGCUGUGCUCCCUUUGUGUCAGUGCUGUUGGUUUCCUGUCCAGAGGGGGUGCCCUCUCCGCCUUACUUUAGAAUUGCUACUUUUUUCUAUGGUAUCUGUAGUUCAUGUGCCACUGAAAUGAAAUCUACAUGAAACUGAGGUGGUGAAAUAGAUUUAUUAGCAUUUUCAAACUUCCACUCCCACCACAGUAAAUACAUUUUCCAUGAACAAAUAAAGACAAUAAAAAAAUUAUAGUAAACAGUACCACAGAACUACAAAGCCUACCUUCCAGUGCAUUUAAUAACCUUCUUCCAGCCAGUCACAUUAUAUUUAUAUUCUACUCUACUGAGACUGGUAGACCUCAGUUAUGAUUGUCCCUUAGUUCCAUACCAUUUGCCAUUUUCUGUCAAUUAGAGACCCCUGAUAUAUCUAGCUGAAUAACAGAGAACUGAAACUUUUCUGGAGCCUUCUAUGUUUAUAUGAUCGUGUGCCCUGAGUGACUAUGUUGUUUUUGGUCUUUUAUUUGAGAAAUACGUUACUGUCCUUGUAAAAAGAAAAAAAGAAAAAGAAAGUAAAAAAAAAAAAAAGAAAAUAAACAUUUACAGAAAAGAGAAAAAUAGAAUCAUGAAAAAGUGUUUAUCUUAUGCAUGCCAUGGAGGGAUAUCAGAAAUGUGAUACUGACCUUUGACAUUGAAUGUAUGGUGGCUUUUUACAAAAGUAUUCUAAAUAAAACAUAUAUCUAUAUAUUAAUAAA